AUGGGGUUCCUGUCCACAAAGAGCUCCCUGUUGGCUUUCCACCUGGGCCUCAUAGCUGGCUUCAUCAGCACCUUCUACCUCAUCGGCAACCUGAGGUUGGGAGAGCUGCCCCAUCCUGGCACUCUGACACCACGUGGCUUCAGGGAUGCCGAGUGGUUUGUGGAGAAACUGGCUCUCUUCCGUGUGGCACACCCACACCUGGCAGGUGAAGAGAGCAGCGUCUCCGACGAUCUGUACGAUAAAGUGCGGAUCCUGUGCUGGGUGAUGACCAGCCCUAAGAACUUGGAGACAAAGGCCCGCCAUGUCAAGGCCACCUGGUCCCGCCACUGCAACAUGGUCCUUUUCAUGAGCUCGGUCCAAGAUGACAACUUUCCCACCAUAGGUCUGGGAACUAAGGAAGGCCGGGACCAACUGUACUGGAAAACCAUCCGGGCAUUUGACUACAUCCACAAGUACCAUUUGGAGCAGGCGGACUGGUUCCUCAAGGCGGACGAUGACACCUUUGUGGUGGUGGACAACCUACGGUGGCUCCUCUCCAAUUACACUCCCGACAUGCCCGUCUAUUUUGGCAAGCGCUUCCGGCCCUUUGCCAAGCAAGGCUACAUGAGCGGGGGUGCCGGCUACGUCCUCAGCAGAGAGGCCGUGCGGCGCUUCGUGGCGGGCUUUGAUUCCAAGGUGUGCAGCCACACGACUUCUGUGGAGGACCUGGCUUUGGGUCAGUGCAUGGAGAAGAUGGGUGUGGUGGCUGGGGACUCCCGCGACUCAGAGGGCAGAGAGACUUUCCAUCCUUUUGUGCCAGAGUCCCACCUGAGAGAGAAGUUCUCGAAAAGAUUUUGGUACUGGAACUAUUGCUAUUACCCCAUCGUGGAGGGUCCUCAGUGCUGCUCCGACCUGGCCGUCUCCUUCCAUUACGUAAACUCGGAGUUGAUGUACACCCUGGAGUAUCUGACCUACCACCUCCGUGCCUACGGUUACCGGUACCGGUACAAUCCGCCUUUGUCUGAGAAUGCAGCUCAUCUGCAGCCCCAUCCACAAGGAGUGCCCCUGGAGAGGACUAAUACUACCACAUUGCAGACUGAGAAGAGAUUGUAG